AAUUCUUCAAUUACACGCUAAAAAUAUCCCAACCUUUUCCAUUAUUUCUGCUUUCUUCUUCUUCAUUUUUUUUGUGUAUCUUUGAUCCAUUAUUGGCUUACCUCUUGAUUCUUUAGAAGCUGUCAAGCUGUAAAAAAAUGGCUCAAUUAUUGUCACCUGUUUGCACAGAUUCCCUCAAAUUACAAAACCCACUGCAGCUUUUCUCUUCAAGAAGUAAAUGGCCAAUUUUGGCUAAUAAUUUUAAUAAUUUGAAUUGGAGCUCAGUUGGUCAUUCUGGGAAGAAGAGAAGAUUAGGGAGAAUCAAAGUUGCUUAUCAAGAUUCCGCAGCAUCUGAGGAAAUUGCUGAUGAUUACUAUGGUGUUUUGGGUUUGCUUCCUGAUGCUACACCCACGCAAAUAAAGAAAGCGUAUUAUAAUUGCAUGAAAGCUUGUCAUCCAGAUUUGAGUGGUGAUGAUCCUGAGACCACGAAUUUUUGCAUGUUUAUCAAUGAGGUCUAUGAGAUUCUUAGUGAUCCUGUGCAAAGGAGAGUUUAUGAUGAGAUCCACGGGUACACUGCCACAGCAAUCAAUCCUUUCCUGAGUGAUUCAUCAACGAAAGAUCAUGUAUUUGUUGAUGAGUUUAGCUGCAUAGGCUGCAAAAAUUGUGCCAAUGUUUGCCCAAAAGUGUUUGGCAUUGAGGAAGACUAUGGAAGAGCUAGAGUUUACGAUCAAUCUGGAAACACUGAUUUAAUUCAACAAGCUAUAGAUAGCUGCCCAGUUGAUUGUAUCCAUUGGACUUCUGCUGCACAGCUAUCUUUGCUUGAGGAUGAAAUGCGAAGAGUAGAAAGAGUAAACGUUGCCUUCAUGCUUUCAGGAAUGGGUGGUGGAUCAGUGGAUGUUUUCAGAAUGGCGAGCAUCCGGUGGGAGAAACGACAAUCUAAAGUCUUGGAACAAGCUAAAAUCAGAAUGAUGAAGAAGAAAGAUUCUGAGAAACCUGAAUCGUACUGGGACAACUUAUGGGGCAAUGCUAAAGACUACGCAAACACAGAUGAAGAAGUGGAAGAAAGAACAAAACGAGCUGCAGCAGCUGCUCGAAGAUGGAGAGAAUACUCAAGGAGAGGCGCCGAUAAACCUCCUACCUUUAAACUUCCAGAGGCCAUCUCCAAUGACAAUUGACAUACUACUUCCUAACCGAUUCUCUAGCAUAUGGUACAUGCAUCUCACCUUUGUAAUAUAUGGUUGUAUAUGAUUGAUGCAUUUAGAUAUAGUCUGUUCAUGAUAUAUAGUCGCGGUGCCUUCCCACCUCAAUGUAAUUAUGUAUACCCAAAAUUAAGCUUCGUAUGUAAGAUUAGUCAUAAUUCAAUAAAAGUUAUAUAAGGA